CUGGAAAAAAGUAAAAAUACAACUAAAAACCAAAAUCAAACUCCCUCAUCCUCACUCUUAUCAUCCUCAUCAUCAUCAUCGUCGUCAUCAUCAUCACAUCCUCAUGUUGUGUCCCAAAAGUAUUAGCACCAUCUUCUUCCUUUGCACCAUCCUUCUUCCCUCUGCACUUUCGACCGUCGCUCUCCACCCCUCGUCGACUUCAGCCCUCCGCCGACACACCAUUGUAGGGCAUGUUCCUCGUCGGCGCACCACUACUGCGUUUUCGAUCGUCGACAUCGUCGUCAAGUAUGACAAAAUCGAUUUUCUUGCUAUGUCGAUUUCUGUUAUGAUCGGCGCUCCUGUUCACAUCGACGCUCCUGUUCACAUCGAUAUUCACAUCAGGUGAAGCAAAGGCAUGCAGAAGCAAAGAGAAUGUUGUUCUAAAUGUUAGAAUCAAGAUUUUGUGAAGGAGCUCCAAAAUCAAGAGCAAUUUGAAGAAACUCACAAACACAUUAUUUAGCCUAAAACAAUAUAAUUUUAAUGUUAAUUCAUUUAUUUGUAAAUAGUGUCAAUAGCAUUUUAUAGUAUUGAAUGUUUUUAUAAAAAUGUAAUGAAUUUUAUUUCAAUGUUGUAAAAAUGGAAUUAUUAAAAUUUUGGUGUUGAAAAACUAUUUUAAUUUUGUAAAA